UCUCAAGCAUUAUUGAUUAAUAUCUCUGGUUUCUCAAACCCUCCACUUCUGCUCUUCUCUUUAUAUUCUCUUACUUUGGACGCUCAUCCUCACCUCCCAACUUCACCUGCUGCUCUCUUUCUCUCUGUCUCCCUCUCUUUCUCUGUCUCUGAAACUUUCUUUCUCUGGAGAAGAUGAAGAUGACUUCCACUGGGUUUAAAGUUGUGAUGAUGCUGGCUUUGUUGGCCACCUCAUGCAUGGCACAAGCUCCAGGAGCAUCUCCAACACCGACACCCACACCCCCAGCGACCUCGCCUGCACCAUCAUCUCCGCCGUCCACUCCAGUUCCAUCUCCGGCACCAUCCUCUCCAGCUCCUUCUCCCACCACUGCCUCAACCCCAUCACCCACUCCUUCUCCCUCCUCCACCUCACCUUCCACACCCCCUACUACUACUCCUUCUCCUUCUCCCAGCAUCGCUUCUCCUCCGGCACCGCCGACAUCCGGUUCCGGUUCACCCCCUACUGCAACCCCUACUGAAUCACCCAACGGCAGCUUCGCUGAUGGUUGGUUGAACAGAGUCGUCAUUGCCGGAACUGCCCUGGCCGGAUCAUUCGUGGCGGUGGCCAUGAUCUAGAGCGGGACCUGACCCACGUGGAUGAGGGUUGGCAUUUCAGGCCUUUGGUUUUCAUGGACGGUUGAGAUCUCUUUGUGUUCUUUGUUCGGUGAUUAGCCCUCUUUGUAUUAUUUAUUUUAUUUUGUCUGAUUAUGUUUGUUGAUUUUAUUGGACGAGGAUUGUUUCGGUGGUUCAUUGCUUUUUGUGUCGACACGUGUACCAAUUUGAUCUGUUGGAUUAUUAUAGACAUGACUCCGGUGUACAUUAGCUGAAUAAAACACUUCCUAUUCUUUCCUUUGAUUUAUCAUAA